AUGUCGAACUCAAACGAUGCUACAACGAAAAGCGAACAAAACAGCGUCACUGCUGCGCCUUCUGGCUCACAAAUGCCGUCUCUUGCUGAGUCACCGAGUAAGACCAACGAAAGACGAUCAACGCGCAAGCCAAAUUUCACAGUUCCGGAGCGCAUGUAUCUGGCACAGUCAUAUGCUGAAAAAUACGACGAAUUCAAUCAGGGCUUCACACCAGCAACCAAAGGCCAGGAAAGAAGUGGACGUCAGCGUUUGCUUAGGAAAUGGGCGUUUGAGCUAACAACUUUUGGCGUUGCGGAACGCACACCGGCGGAAGUGGAGCAAAGACUGAGGGACUACCUGAAAAAAAUAUCAGCGAUUCGAAGGCGAAAAAUAGGACCACGAGAAAUGAGUCCGGCUUGUGCGCUGAUCAAUUCCGUCAUAUCGACUUCCCGGAGAGUGGAAAAUGUAACGAUAAAUGACCGUAUGACGGAGGCAGCCGGAUUUCUGCUCCAGCAGCAUCAAGCAUACUACCCGGAUUCCGCUGAGUUCGAGCCGCAAACGCAAGCAGAUGUUUACGACGAAGCAGAGCAGGCACUGCGUUUGAAACAGUUAACGCGAGAAGAGAGACAGCUACGUCUGGAGAUUGCCCGGAAGGAGCUGGAAGUGAAGAAGAUGGAACUGAAACUGUUAAAAGUGAAGCUGGAGAUAAAGAGUGCCGAAAUAAAUGUGGUCGCUGCCAAAAGAAGAAAAAUCGAACCGAACGAAGUGGGCCAGCAAAACAACAAUCCCACUCCACCAUCCAGCAAGUAA